CUGGGCCCGGUCCCUGAACGCACCUCCCUCUUCCUGACGGGACGUUCCAGCAGCUUCCAGCAGAGUCCGCCGAGGACCGGGGACCUUCGCUCCGAUGCGCAUGCAGGUCACCACCGCCCCGUUCGGACUUUGAACCCGUCACGCCCGGAAGGGAGUAUUUGUCGGAAGGAAGCCGCACUUUCUCACAAAGCAGCCCGCGGGUCUUCGCUCUCUCCUCGUCCUUUUUUCCACGGCAAGCGAGCAACAGGUUUAGCGGCGCGGCGGCGAAGAAGCAUGCCGAGUAUAAGUCAGUCCCUGCGGCCCCGGCUCUGCGCGCUGGAGAAGGGCGACAACGGCUACGGCUUCCACCUCCACGGCGAGAAGGGGAAGACCGGCCAGUUCAUCCGGCUGGUGGAGCCCGACAGCCCGGCGGAGGCGUCGGGGCUCCUCGCCGGGGACCGGCUGGUGUUCGUCAACGGGGACGACGUGGAGAAUGAGAGCCACCAGCAGGUCGUCAGCCGGAUACGAGCCGCCUCCGGCCGCCUGGAGCUGGUGGUGGUGGACCCGGACACCGAGACGCUGCUGAGGAAGCACAACGUCAAGUGUCUGAGGGAGUACGUGGACGACGGGCUGCCCUUCCCGCUCCGCUACGAGGAGGGCGACGCGGAGGAAGAGCGGCCGCGGGAGAAGGAGGACGACGGGACGGACGACGGCGAGGAGCGGCGCGACGCGGAGGUCCAGGCGGAGGAGCGAGCCGGAGGGUCCGGGCACAGCACGCCGGUGCCGGACAGCAACGGAGGGAUUCACGGGGACGCCGAGAGGAAGCUGAGCGUCAACUCACACAAGGAGCCGAGUCCCGAGCGGCGGCCACGUCUCUGCGUGAUCCGGCGGGAGGCCGGCGGCUACGGCUUCAACCUGCACAGUGAGCGGGCGCGGCCGGGCCAGUACAUCCGAGCCGUGGACAAGGACUCCCCCGCCGAGAAGGCAGGCCUGCUGCCCAAAGACAGGAUAGUCCAGGUGAACGGCGUGCUGGUGGAGGCCAAGACACACUCUGAGGUGGUGGCGACCAUUAAAGCCGGCGGGGACGAGACCCGCCUGCUGGUGGUGGACCCCGAGACAGACGCCUUCUUCAAGAGGUGCCGGGUGACCCCCACUACGGCCCACCUGAGCGGUGUGCUACCUGAGCCUGAUGUGAACGGCGGCAUGGAGGACAAGGUGAACGGGGGCGGGGCCGAGAGAGACUCCAAGCCGUCAGUCAGCCCUUCUCCAUCCAACGCCUCGUCCAACGCCUCCAUCACCUCGCCCAGCAGCAGCACGCCCCCCGAGGGCGUGACUCCAGGGGCCAUCCCCGCCCUGACCAUGAGUCUGCAGCAGGUCAAGGAGCUGGCCCACCAGAAGCGCUCCAACAAGAGAGCGCCCGCUAUGGACUGGACCAAGAAAAACGAACUCUUCAGCAACCUUUAGAAGCUUCCGGCACCAAACCCUUUUUUAUGGCGGUGAUUGGCAGCGCGAUCAGAGAGGAGACUUUUCAGGAGAAAUGAUGUUUUUAACUUUCUACUAACAGGACAUGUACACACUGACAAUCAUGCUGGACUAAUCAUCUCACUAUCAUUAUUAUAACAAUAAUAUCAUUAUUAUUAUGUCAUAAUAUUAAUAAUAUUAUGUCAUAAUAAUAGUAUUAUUACGUCAUAAUACAAUUAUUAUUACGACAUAAUAAUCGUAUGAUUAUUAUGUAGUAAUAGUAAUCAUAUUGUGUAGUAAUAAUAUUAUUAUGUAGUAAUAUUAUUAUUAUUAUGUAGUAAUAUUAUUAUUACUACAUUGUUAUUAUGUAGUAAUAAUAAUAAUAAUAAGAUUAAUAUUAUUAUUAUGUAGUAAUAAUGAGAUGAAUAUUAUGUACUAAUAAUAAUGUUAUUAUUAUGUAGUAAUAAUAAUAUUUUUGUCAUAAUACAAUUAUUAUUAUUAUAAGAUAUUUAUUAUUAUGAGAUAAUUGUAUUAUUAUAAAUAUUUUGAGAUACAAAUCAAGUCUUGUGUAGAUAUUUGCUUCUUGGCUAAAAAAAGUGAUUUAAAACCUGUUUUGACUUUAGAUGUAACAAACAAACUGCUAGCUUGAAGCAGCAAUCAUAUGAGAAUGUAUAUUUCAUAUAUUUUUACAUUUUUCAACAAAUCCUUUCCCCCAAUGAUGUGGGAGCACACGUUUGAUCCACUCGCUUUUCUUGGCAAUUUCACUUCUCUUCAAAUCCUCAAACAUUUCUGUCAAUAAUAACGUUUUUUUUUUCUUGUCCCGUUUGGAUUAUUUUCCAAAGGAGUUGUUGUCCGUGUAAGCGACGAUUUGAUGGCAAUAAAGUAUUAUUCUGUCAUA